UACUCCAUAGUCAUAGUCAAAGGGUGGUGAAAAAACAAAGUGGGAGAGAGAGAGGGUGAGCAGUGGAAUAGUAGAAGAUAGGAAGGGAGGGUUUGGGGAAAGCGAAAUGGAAGCAUAGAAUAGAAUAGAGCAGAGCAGAGUCGAGACAAUGGCGGGGGUUCGAGGUGCUCGCGGGGGAGGAGGAGGAGGAGGUUGUAGCAGGGUUUUUGCACCCACAAUGUUUCUUGUGCUCUUGUUCACAGCUGGAUCGCUGCUCUACAGCGGCAACACGGGUAUGCUUUCGGCUGAAAUGGGCAACACCAACACAGAGAGCCCAUCACGGCAGCAGCAACAGGAGCAGCAGCUGCACGCCUAUGUAACGCGGACAUUUCUUGCUCUCAAAUCAGAUCCAGUGAAAACGCGUAUGGAUCUCCUCAACAAGCAGGCGAACGACCACCUUUCCCUGGUGACUGCCUAUGCCGCGUAUGCCCGGCGGCUGAAGCUGGACAACAUGAAGCAGGUACGGAUCUUCACAGAGCAGGCAAGGAACUACACGGAGCUCAUGAACAGGGCAGCGGGGGAGAUGGAGGAAGAUGAAGUGAGGCAGCUGGAGAAGGAGCUCAAGGAGAAGAUCAAGCUCACGCGCCAGCUCAUUGCUGAGGCUAAGGAGUCCUUUGACAACCAGCUCAAGAUCCAGAAGCUCAAGGACACCAUCUUUGCUGUCAAUGACCAGCUCACGCGGGCCAAGAAGCAGGGCGCGUUUUCCAGCCUCAUUGCUGCCAAGUCCAUCCCCAAGAGUCUUCACUGCCUCUCGAUGCGUCUCAUGGAGGAGCGCAUCUCCAAUCCGCUCAAGUACGCUGACGCUAACCUUCCUCCUCCCCCUCACUGGGAAGACCCCAAUCUCUACCACUAUGCCAUCUUCUCCGACAAUGUCAUCGCUGCAUCCGUCGUAGUUAACUCAGCUGUUAAGAAUGCAAAGGAUCCCUCCAAGCAUGUCUUCCAUGUCGUCACGGACAAGAUGAAUCUCGCAGCAAUGCAGGUGUGGUUCAAGAUGCAGAUGCGCUCACUUAAAGGGUCACAUGUGGAGGUGAAGGCCGUGGAGGACUAUACAUUCUUAAAUUCUUCCUAUGUCCCUGUUCUACGCCAGCUUGAAUCUGCCAAUCUGCAGAGGUUUUACUUUGAGAACAAGCUGGAAAAUGCAACCAAGGAUGCACCUAACAUGAAGUUCAGGAAUCCCAAGUACCUUUCUAUGCUGAAUCAUUUGCGGUUUUAUUUGCCUGAAAUGUAUCCAAAGCUGCACAGAAUUCUGUUUCUGGAUGAUGAUGUGGUUGUUCAGAAGGAUCUAACUGGUCUAUGGGAGAUAGACAUGGAUGGCAAAGUGAAUGGAGCAGUGGAGACCUGUUUUGGCUCCUUUCACCGUUACGAUAAAUAUAUGAAUUUCUCGCAUCCACUCAUCAAGGCCAGGUUUCAUCCCAAGGCUUGUGGCUGGGCCUAUGGAAUGAACUUCUUUGACUUGGAUGCAUGGAGAAGAGAGAAGUGUACUGAAGAGUACCAUUACUGGCAAAACCUUAAUGAAAAUCGUACCCUAUGGAAGCUGGGGACAUUACCGCCAGGUCUAAUCACAUACUAUAAGACAACAAAGCCUCUGGAUAAAUCUUGGCACGUUCUUGGUCUUGGAUAUAACCCUAGUAUUAGCAUGGAUGAGAUCCGAAAUGCAGCAGUUGUUCACUUCAAUGGAAACAUGAAACCAUGGCUUGAUAUUGCUAUGAAUCAAUACCGAGAUAUCUGGACUAAAUAUGUAGCCUAUGAUAUGGAGUUCGUGCAGACAUGUAAUUUCGGUCACUGAAACAACAUUCAAGUAGCUGGAGGUAACUACACAUUUGCUUGAUACCAUGGCUGCAAGAAAGCAUGGCUUUAUGAUCAGCUUUGUUACCAAACAAAUCCUAUAAGUUGCUACGAAGUCUCACAGGCUGCGUAAGCAGAUGUUUGAGAAUGUUGUCUUCCCAUUUAAAUUUGGAGGCAUGUUGUGCGCUUUCUGUAAUAUUAAGCUAUUAUAAAACAAUUUCUUAUUGCUUGUUUCACUGUUUGUUUUGGUUUAUUCGAGCUUGAGCUCAAGGCCAAUAAUUGUUUGAUUAAGUUUAUCAAAAUCAAUAGAAGAGUUUUCUGGGUAGGCAGAUUGGUUUA